AUGACGGAAUUAGAAGUAAAAAAUGCCGAGACUCAGACGAAACUUUCGGGUUUCCGUAAAGUGGAAGGAAAGGUCGAAGUAAAAGAAAUCAAGAUUAGUACACUACUCAUGUUAGAGGCUUCUAUCAUGUCCAAAAAAGAACUGAUAGAGAAAAUGAGAAUACCCAUGCCGAUAUUAAAGACACACCGUGCGGUUCAAACUGAUAGAACGAUUGCUCCCGGAGCACCGCGUGAAGCGGUCGAAAAUCUCGCGAAACUUUUGUCUUCGAAGAAAGACAUCAUUCCGGGAAAUCCCAUAGAUAAAUACACGAUAAUGGAAGAAAUUCUAAAUUAUGUUAUAGAAUGCACACUCUGGGCAACCAAUCUUCUCCUCUACGACUACGAGCUCGAGACGGUGGAUCAAGAAGUGCAGACCGAUGUACGUUACGAUAAAACGAAGGACAAAAUGGUGAUAGACAUCGAUGUUCAAACCGAGCUGACCUGCGAGCCAAGGCUGUCGACCGGCAAGCUUUUCGUUCAAUACGAAGAAGUGAAGAACUUCAUACGGAAGAGCAUCCUGGAGCAAUGUAUCGUCCGAGGAAUCGAGCCUCGGAUCAUAAUUGACGACUUGCUCAACGAGAUAAUCGCCAAAGGUGUGGAGCUAACUAAAUACCCCGUGAAGGAGCAAAUGAUCCAAACCGUGGCCAGUUACAAGUCCCACUUGAAAUGUGACGAGGACGUGCUGAGGAAGCUAAAGAUAUCCGUUGUCGUCGAUCCUGCCGAAAUACCAAUCAUCGUCGCGCCACUGAUAAAUGAUCUGUUGACUUUGACGCGUGUCCAGGUGUCUUGGAACGCUCAGCGAGUCGUUAAGGAUAUCCUCUGCACGUUGACUAGACGCGCAGUCACGAUCGGGUGCAAACUCGAGGCGAUUUUGAGACAGCCGCAACGCCUGACCACAGAGCAAAUGUUCCUUCAAAGGAGGAAGAAGAUCGCCGACUCCAUGAUGAAGAAACUCACCGAGACCCGAGCUACGCAAACAGGACUCGCCGGGGUACCCGAGAUCACAAAACUCAAGCCCAAGAACAUUCUGUGCUCGGUUUGCCCUAGGGAAUCGAUAUGCCACUUGUGCCUGACGUCUCAGGAAGAAAGGCCAUCACUGCCGAAGGAAGACACAAGGAUUCUGCGUACCCAAGAUAUACUACUGGCGUAUAACCCGUGCUAUGUCGUCGCCACGGCUUCGGAGGAGAAAAAGAGGCCGUAUUUGCAAUCCAGCAGCGCGGUGAAAAAGAAGAUUGAAAAACCGACCGUCGCGCAAUUACCGAUCACGCAGUGCGUAAUGAAACCAAGAUCAGAGAUACACUCUGCUCGUGAUAAUGAUGCUAUCAACGUCCUCAUGACUCCGAAGAAAAGGACUCAAGCCCGAGAUUCCAUCAGCGAAUGGGCUCGUGCCAUCGACGACACAUUGACCAAAUCCUGGUAUCUCAAAGGUACUUCUGCCGAUUCCCUCACUUAUGCCGCUAGCAACGUAACCAACGUCUCCACCACGGGGUUUGUGACAUCGUCAUCUAAAUCGACAUCCUGCUGCAAAAAGUCCUCCCAAGAGCCUGAGAGCGUUCUGAACUCGCAAAUGACGAAGGCGUUGCAGAUAUUGAAGAACACGUUUUGCACUCGCGACACUUGUCCCAAUGCGUUCCUGAGGACGUCGAUGGAGCAUCAUCCGCCCAUUAAGGACACGAUGGAGAAGAGCAACUUGUCUAACAACGUGGAAAAUUGUGCACCAUUGAACCCGGGCCGACAUCAUCAUGGACAACAUAUUAAUAAUAUUAACGGCCAGAUUCGCGCGAAGCCACGAUAGAGUCGAUAAAUUAUAGCCGCUUCUACGUGGUUCUUCUCGGAAUCCUGAGAACAGACAGAAUAGCGAAGGUCAGUCGAGUUAAAUCUUGCGUUAAAUUUAUCGUACGCGUAAACAGUAUGAAAUGUGCGGAUUAUAAAUAUGGAAAUGCGCAUCGCGAGUGAUUGUAAAAUUUCUCUCCUUUUUUUUUCAUACUAAAAUAUUAUAAACUACAUUUUUCUACGCUAGAUUGCUAGAAUAACAUCAUAUUGACAGAGACUGUUCUUAAGUUUCAUUGUGUAACAAGUAGUAACAGUAAAUUUGACCAUCGGAGUACGCUUAUUAAUUCUUCUUUAUUACGUAAUGACGUUGCACAAAAUAUAUGUAUCAUUAAUCGUACAUAUACAUAUGUAUAUAAAUUUACUACGAUACGCGCAAUGUAAAAUCUAUAAAGCAAAUGCUGUCAUAACUUAACCACGAAGAUAUGAGAUUUAAAAUAAGAGCGAAAAUAUAAAAAAGAAACUACAGUAAUUUUGGUGCGCUGUCGAUUUAUAAAUAACGUAUGCACAGUUGCAUACACAGCUCGUUAAUAUAAGUCAUGGACUUUCCAUGAUUAACUAACACAUCGUUAAUAAGUCUGAGACACGCGCAUACGACCACUAUCACCAGUGUGUCGUCGCUUCGCAAUAGCGACUCGUGUCAUUGUUAUUAUUUCUUUUUUUUUUACAAUUAA